UAGUCGACGCAGAGACGUGAGGUGGUGUGAUUGUACACGAUUAAAACAAAAAUAAUAUUGUUGUGAGAUUAAUUUCAGUUUGUUUAAGACCUACACUUAAUUAUUAAGGUAUCUUGAAGUUAUAAUUAUAAAGUUUGUUAUUUAUUGUGUUCUUUUAAGUCAAGAAAAUAAAGGAAACCAUCAACAGUUCGUAAAAAAAUGGCGGAAGUUGAGGAAAAAGUGGUGAUGACACCAAAAUGCAAGACUGCUAAUUCAACAACCCUUGUGAUUGAGAGGAAAGUGGUGGAACUAGAAGCCAGUGAUAAAAUCCAUGUAGCCGGCGGAGACCACACAGGAAUCAUUGUCAAUAAAGAAAAAAAUUAUGAGAAUGGAGUGUCGGAGCCUUGCCAUGCCCAGUUGGAAUUCUACGUAUAUUUGGUGUCCGGCGCGACGGGCACUCACACAAGAGAAGCCCGUGCAUUGCGAUUCUGGUUCAAACCAAGUAUGACGCCAAAUGAAAGACCUUAUGAAGCACAAGCUUUCUUCAGAGAACUUGUCAGCCCACAAGAUUUUCCUAAAGAUUAUGUGGGCUACAUAAAGAAAAUAAUGAAAUUAAUGCAGCACAAAUAUAACCAGCUAAAACUACUUGAAGUAGAAUUAAGACAAGAAGCGGCCGGACCUCCUUUACCUGAAGCAAAUGGCGUUAUAACGAGUAAGAGUGUUAUAUACAACUUUUCUAAUGGCUCGUACAUUGAAGACAGUGUGUUGAAUCAAACUCAGGAUACGGUUAUAUCAGAACAGAGAGUACUGGACAUGAUAGAGAAUGCAUAUCCUAACCCAUUGACUGUGGACGAUUUUGUCACAGCUGGAAAAUGGUCGAAAGCAGAGGUAAAAGAUGCGCUGGAGUCGCUAGAAGAGAAAGGAUUGACGCGUGCCAUGUCAGAAGGAUUGUAUGUUCGACAACAUAGUGUAGAUACACAGGUUGUGAAACAAAUGCCACAGUUGUGUUCUUCGCGCCAGCCGAGCAUAGCCGUGAUAACUGCUUUGUAUUGCGAGAAGCAAGCCGUCGAUGCCAUGAUGGAUAACCAAGAGACUUACGUGAGAUACACCACUGUUGGGGAAUCAAACGUGUACACAUUGGGCACGAUAGGCAACCAUCGGGUUGUCACCACCAAACUUCCGUCCGUGGGUCGGACUCGAGAAGCUAUGACCGCAGCUGGCAACACCACAACAAGACUGCUUGGAAUCUUCCAAAAGGUGGAGUACGUGUUCCUAGUGGGAGUGGGAGGAGGGGUGCCACAUUACACCGACUAUGCGAGACACGUGCGAUUGGGUGACGUUGUCGUCUCGUCGCCUGCGCCGGAUUUAAACGACAAAUACGUGUACAUAUUCUGCGAGAAAGCAGAACGAAAUGCGAAAGGAGGUUGGGACUAUGAGGUGAAACCUUAUAAGCCUGCAGACUUCCUUCUUCAAGAUAUUGCCCUAAGGCUCACUAACGCCAAACCUCUUUGGGACAACUAUGUUAGCGAAGGUUUGGAGCGACUACGAGGAGUACCGGGCAGAUGGGAGCCGCCGGAAGGCGCGACCGACCGCCUCUGUGUCGACAUCGGCGAAGGCGCCUUUAUCGAAGUGUCGCAUCCCGCGCCACAAGGAGACCAAGUUGACAGAAAAGGCAGUCUCCGCGUGCACCUAUCGCCCGUGGCAGGCGGCCGCGCGGUGAGCGGGUCGGGCGAGGCGCGCGCCGCCUUCGCCGCGCACGCGCGGGCACUCGCGUAUGACUGCGAGCUCGACGCUGUGUUGGACAGCGUCAUCGGCAAUAGGAAGGAUUGCUUCGUUUCUAUUAGAGGCAUAUCAGACUACCGCGACGGCACCCGCGGCAAGGAAUGGCAGCCGCACGCCGCCCUCGCCGCCGCAGCUGUAAUGAAAGCUAUCGUCGCCGCCAUGCCGCCUCCUACUGACUAAACAGUACUCCUACACUACGCACACGUCACAAUAAGUAUUUAUAUUGCAUUUUACUUACGAAAUUUAUUCUAAAACUCGCGAUUUAUACCUACACAUAUGUACCUAUUUAUAAACAAUCGAGACUUAAAAAGGUACGAUACCUACCGAAGUUUCGGCCAAACUGCAUCGUCCCGACUGUUUAUAAAUAUGCAGUUUAUUCUAUCACUUAACCGGCUGAUGGAACCGCAGAGUAUAGGACGAAUGGAGCACCCAUUGAAGAAUUAUAUUGGUAAACGUUAAGGAAAAUUCAACUAAGAACUUAAUAAUUUGAUAGAUUUUCAAUUCUGACUCUUAAUUAAAUAUUGAAAAUCCCACAGGGAAUUCUCUUUUGAUGCAUGUGCAGAAAUGGAUAUGUAGGUCUUUAGCAGAUGCAUAGUUUGGAACACUCCAUUCGUUAACUGAUCUGUGUCACAUAAUUUAAAUAUUCGACACUCGUAUAUACACAGCUAUACGUUUUGUUUUUAUUAAAUGACUUUACAUUUUUACACUAUUAUGUAGCUACUCGUGUUGUACAAUUGUUACGAUUUAGUACCUAAGUAUAUAGGUAGACGAAAUAUUAAUGAAAAAAAAAAAAACUUAACUGUACCAAUACAUUAUAUGUAGAUGUAAACCAUUCCAAAAUAACAUACUUUACCUAAUUUAAACUACCUGGGUAGUAUUUCAAGAUAGUCCUUAGCACGUAUGAAAGUUUUGCAAGACUUAGAUUGAAAUUGAUAAUCACAUUUACAUAAUUAUUACGUGAAAAAUUUGAACCCAAAUAAAAUCCUUAUUAGUCAGAAAAUAAUGUUUUACGUACGGUAGUUAUUUAUACAGACUAUUAAUCUGGUUUUUAUAUCUAAUAUACAGGUUUACUUGCCUUAGCGUUGGCUGUUAUAAAAGUAGUAAAAAUAAUAAAUAUAAUUGUCUUAUUUAUAGAUAUUUACAUAGGGUAGUUUUUAAUAGUGCUAAAGUACACAUAGUAGCCUUUAUGAGAAACGUUAUUUGUGUGGGUAAACACACGGUUUGUAGGAAAAUCUUUUCACUUGGUGAUGUCCUAAGGACAACUACAGAAUAUUCUUAGACUGUGACUAAAUGCUUGAGACUGUAUCAGAUUUCUAAUUCAAUGGUACUACUAUAUCGAAUGUUUAGCUUUCUUAGUGUACUGGAAAUUAAAUAUAAGUUUAUUGCUUUUUAUGUUGUGUUGUGUUGUAUUGCCAAAUCAAUAGUUUUUACUCAAGGGCUCAAAUAUAUUCUGUCUUCCUUUAUUUACGUUGAUAUUACAUAUUUUUGUAUGUUAAUCGCAAGAAUGUUUCAAAACAGUUACCAGUUUUCAGAUUAUUAUAAUAAUUUGCUUGUAUUAUUUAGUUUAAUAUUUGAAAGCCACGAAGUAUUCCCAGUCCAUUCCAAAUCACUGACGAAAUUAGAAAGAUGCCAAUACUAAAUUGUUCACUUUGCAUGAGCUUAGAGUGUACCUUAGAUAUAAAAUCAUUAAGUACGUAUUUAAUAUUUCAACAAGUAAUUUAUUAUUAUUUAUUUAUUGAAUACUAACUCACUGCCAUUAAUGGCCUAUUUAUAAUUAUAAGAUUAACUUUGUUAUUGGACGAUGUUAUAUCAAAAUAUGUAAUACAUAUUUUAAAACCAAAGUUUAGACGUUUGGCUGUUUUUUGACAACCUGGUCUAGUCGCCUAAAAUGUGAACAUUUUGUUGAGAUAUUUUAUUUACACGUAAUUCUUAAGGAUCAUUGACCUAUAUAUAAAUUGUGAAGUCGCAUAGUUUUAUCCUCGUUAAUGUUUGUGAAAUGUUUUCAUGUUCCAAUUUGAUCACUUCUCCCAGUAUAUAUAGUUUUUCAAGCAUCCUUAUAUAUACAUAAUUAUAAUUGGGGCCAUAUAGCCAGGAUAUGUCAAUCCUGCUGUAAUUUUUGUAUAUUUAUAUAUGUAUAAAUAUAAUUUACUAGUAUUUUGUAGUGCAUUGUGUUAUUAUUUUAGUUAAUCAGUUAUGAUAAAAUCAUGUUAAAUUAUUUUUAAUGUUUGAUAUUAUAUGUUCGUAAUGGACAUCUGUCGUAUUUUAGUACUGUGUUAGCAAGCUAUUAUACUGUCAUUCUACUGUAUUGCACAAAUAAAGUCUAUAAAAAUAAA